CACACACACACACACAGAGAGAGAGAGAGAGAGAGCCCUGGGAGGGAACCGGAACCGGUGUGUUUCAGAAGGAGAGCCACUGUGCCAGGGGUUCUGGACUGACUCUGCGGAAUGAUGGAGGGUCUCAUUACGGUCCUCGCACCGUCGCCAUCGCCCUUUGAGCUCGAGCAGCCGAGUUACGACGCUUUAAAGCGGCUUUACUGCAGGAACGGAGGGCAGUUUUUACGCGUGUUAGCCGGCGGAGCGGUGGACGGCGUCCGGCAGGAGAGCGACGCGUACACUGUGCUAAAGGUGAAAGCAGUGAGCACAGGUGUGGUGAUCAUCAGAGGUCACGAGGCGGGGCGUUACCUGGCCAUGGACAGAAGCGGAAAGCUUUAUGGCACUUCCCUGCUGAAUGACGAGUGCUAUUUCAAAGAGAAGAUGGAGGAGAACCACUACAACACGUACAGUUCACACAAACAUCAGGAGCACGGGGUCUGGUACGUGGGCAUCAAGAAAAACGGGCAGAUGAAAAGAGGUCCUAACACCCACAGAGGCCAGAAUGCGAUCUACUUCCUGCCUAUUCCAGCACAGUGAACAGUGAAUGUCAUGUAUUUUGGAAUCUAUAAAGUGUGAUUAAUGUCAAACGACCAAAAACAAACACUUACAAAUAAGACUCUUGAUAGACUCUAGAGCCAAGUUCAGAGUUUGGGUUUAGAGACCCUUGGUUUAUAACUAGCAUAACCACGGGGUCCACGAUUUUCUAAAAGGUUUGUGCUCUAGAGUAUAAAAUAGGAAGCUUAUCCUGAAAAGAAUAAUGCUAUUUUAUUAAUUUAUUGUUUUGAUGUAUAUAUUAAUUUAAGUAAAUAAAAAAUAAUAGUAAUUUCAUGUAUAAGCUUACUAAAUGACUUUUUGUGUACUAUUGUGUAUUUUACCUUUGUGCUAUUGUGUAUUUAUCUUGUGAUAAAAG